UACCAAUUAGUGAGCAAAUACAUCUCAUUACCAUCCCUGUAGAGGGAGAAAAACGCGCUGCUUGUCUAGAGAGAGAAAGUGACUGCUCAAAGCGAAACACACCCUAUCAGUGAGAUUUACUUUACACAGAGAGAGUGCGUGUUUAUAUAUAGAGUUCGAAUUUCGAGGACUGUGACUAGUCUACGGAGAGAGUCCACUCACUGGUGAGACUAGAGAGGAAGGAGAGUGUUUUUAUAUAUAUAUAUGUAUAAGUUUGGAUUUCGAUGAAUGUGAUUAGAUCAGAAGAAACUACGAUAAACUUUUGGCUGAUUGAAAAUGGCGGAACACGAGGCUAGCGUCUGAGGCUUCUUCGAUCUUUCGAAAUUCCAAGUAGAGGAAAAGCUUUGUUGCUUUUGGGGAGAUCUGGUUUUUGUUGCCGUUCAUUUGGGCCAGCAUCAGAAAAGUCUGAAGAUUUAUUAAUUAUAUUGACAUUUGUUUCGAGGACCAGAGGAAAUUGUUCUGCCUGUUGAAUGUGAGAUUGGCCUCUCCUUCAAGGGCAUUUUAAGAAUUGUUGAUUGUUGCUUUUCUUCCUUAUCAAAGAAUCUUCGUUUAAUUGCAGUUCAAAAGGUGAAAUAUUUAAGGUAUGAAGGAUAUUGACAAGAAGAAAAAUCCAAACAAUAAUCAAAUAAAACGUUCUGGUAGAUCUGAAAGAAGAGAUCAUAAACUUCAACAAGAGGAUAAACGCAAAAAUUUGAAUGCAAAAGAAAGUAAAUCUAAAACUUCAAAUGCUAAAUCAGACUACAGUGUCUUAGUAAGUGAUUCAAACACUGGCACAGAGCCCUCUGAAGUUUAUCAAAACAUGGUUAUACAUUACGCAGAUGAUGUCUACAGGUUUGAGGAGGCAUCUCAAAAUUCAAAAACCCAUGAAAUGGUUGACAAAGAGACUAAGGAUGAAAUAAAUGAUCAUUCUAGUGAUUCGGAGAAAGAACCUAAACAAGGAAGGGAAGAAGAAUCUGAGGCUGAGACGGUAAAAGAUUCUGCAUCAUCUCAAGGGGAUUCACAAACAGCUGAGGAAGAGAAUAAUUCAAGAAUUCCCAAAAGGCUUGCAAAAAAGGAUUCCUCUGAGCGCCGUCCCCAUUCAUCAAGAGUGAACUCUGAUCGGGGAACAAAUAAUUCACAUAUCAAGGCAUCACAUAACACUCCAAAGAAGGCCUCAAAAAUCAAUAGUGGGUCCUCUAAAGCAACUGCAAGUAAUAUACCUGAUAACAGCUCAAGAAAUAUGGAAGUCCCUCCAAAACCUUCAUCAGAAUCCUCUGAAGGGUUAGAUGACAAGCCUCUUGAAGAGGCAAAGGAAGUAGAUAUUUUGGAUGGGGCCUCAACUGGUGCUCGGAGUGUUGGAAGUGACAACGAAACAGCCAAUGCGGAAGAAAAUGGUGAGCAUGAAGACAAGGAAGCUGUAGAUCAAAAGAUUGAAGAAAUGGAAACAAGAAUUGGGAAACUUGAAGAGGAGUUGAGAGAAGUUGCUGCUCUUGAAAUUUCACUCUAUUCUGUGGUACCAGAGCAUGGUAGCUCAGCACAUAAGGUGCACACUCCUGCCAGGCGCCUUUCUAGACUUUAUAUUCAUGCUUGCAAAUAUUGGUCUCAAGACAAGCGGGCCACAGUUGCUAGAAACACUGUAUCAGGGCUUGUGUUGAUUGCCAAGUCUUGUGGCAAUGAUGUUCCAAGGUUGACUUUCUGGUUGUCAAACGCUGUUGUACUGAGGGAAAUUAUCUCUCUAGCAUUUGGCAAUUCAUGUCAAUCAAAUUCUGUUACAAGGAUUUUUGAAGUAAAUGGCGGAGAAAAGAAAGACUUAGGGAAACCUUCACUGAAAUGGAAGGGUGGUUAUGGCAGUAGACAAACAACUAAAAAAGGUUUUAUGCAGUUCAUUGAUGAUUGGCAAGAGACGAGAACCUUCACAGCUGCACUCGAGAAAGUUGAAUCCUGGAUUUUCUCUCGGAUAGUCGAGUCAAUAUGGUGGCAGACCUUAACUCCUAAUAUGCAAUCUCCGGAUGAGGAUUUGAAUACUAAUAAAACCCCUUCGAGGUUACUGGGACCUGCGUUGGGUGAUCAGCAGCAAGGCAGCUUUUCUAUUAACCUAUGGAGAGAUGCUUUCCAAGAUGCUUUUAAAAGACUUUGUCCUGUUCGAGCAGGGGGGCACGAAUGUGGUUGCUUGCCUAUUUUGGCAAGAAUGGUCAUGGAACAGUGUGUUACCAGACUUGAUGUGGCCAUGUUCAAUGCUAUUCUGCGUGAGUCCGUCCAUGAAAUCCCAACUGAUCCUGUAUCAGAUCCUAUACUCGAUUCCAGGGUUUUGCCUAUUCCGGCUGGUGAUUUGAGCUUCGGAUCUGGUGCACAGCUAAAAAAUUCUGUUGGCAAUUGGUCUAGAUGGCUUACUGAUCUGUUUGGCAUGGAUGCUGAUGAUGCUCUGAAAGAGGGUGAGCACAGCGGGGAGGAUGCUGACAAGCAGGGUGGAGAUGCUGAACCAAAAUGCUUCCAUCUUCUUAAUGCCCUGAGUGAUCUUUUGAUGCUUCCAAAAGACAUGCUCAUUGACCGGUCAAUCAGAGCAGAGGUAUGUCCAUCAAUUAGUCUUCCGCUGAUUAAACGUAUACUCUGCAACUUUACUCCAGAUGAGUUUUGCCCAGAUCCUGUCCCCGGCGCUGUGCUAGAGGCAGUAAAUGCUGAGUGUAUUAUAGAGCGCAGAUUGUCGGGAGUCUCCUCCAGUAGCUUCCCUUAUAAUGCUGCUCCGGUUGUCUACACCCCUCCUUCACCUUCGGAUGUGGCAGAGAAAGUUGCUGAUGCAGGAGGGAAAUCUCAUUUGGCUAGGAAUGCAUCUGUUAUUCAGAGGAAGGGAUAUACCAGUGAUGAAGAACUGGAGGAAUUGGAUUCUCCUCUAACAUCCAUCAUCGACAAGUUGCCAUCAUCUCCAACUCUAGCUGCCAAUGGAAAUGGGAAACACAGGGACCAAACAAGUUACAUUGGUGCAAAUGCAAGGUAUGAACUCCUCCGCGAAGUCUGGUAGCAUGAACUCCUUGAAGUAUGGUUAGUGUUAGUGCUACUGCCAAUUUUAUGUAUAUCAAUGGUUUUUGUAUGAAAGAAAAAGUGAAUAGGAGGUGAAGAAUAGUGAAAAUUGCAAGGAAAAAAAAAUGAGGGACAGUUUUAGCAUAUUCUCAAAUAUUGCCCAAAGCUAUAAGUUCUCUUGUAUAUUUUAUUGUCUGUAUUGACAGUUGAAAAAACUCCAUUGCUUGUAAUAAAUGUAUUCUCAUUUUCUGAAGGCAGUAUGAUUUCUUUCUUUCCCA